GCUUAAGACUGAGCUGGGUAGAGGAGAAUCAUAAUUGGUUUUCAAUCUUUUCUCACACUUGGAUACAAAUAAUCUGUGUUUUCUGAGAAGAAAGCACUAAAUUCAAGUUGAUUUUGCGUAAUUGAUUGCUCUUUAGUGGAAUCAUAAACAGGCCGGGGAAGCACAAAAAGAUGUCAUUGUCCAUCCUUUACCAACUAUUCUCUAUUAUCUAUGACCUUGCACAGCAAUCAGUGCUGUUGCCGAUCCUACUAUGCAGCAUAGAUUUAUCUUCCUUAACUGUUAGGCUUCUAUAUGUCCAAAUAAAAGGGUCUAAUUGCCGAUGCACAGUAUUAAGUAUCUUCAAAGGUUAUUAUGACUGAAUUAGACUGGGGAGGGAGUGGGAACUUUAACUUGAUGAUAGAACAUGUAAUGCAAAGGGGGAAACGGAAAGAAAGAUUAUAGGAGCUUGCAGCAGUGUCCUGAUUGUUGAAGCUGUGAUACUUGCUUAGGAGCUUUUAAAUGAUUCUUUUGAAUUGAAGUUGAAGCUGAAAAUCAAAGUUUAGAUUGGGGCGAUAUUUUUCUUUCUAUUUGUUGACUUUAAGCUCUCAAUGCCUAUAAUAUCAAUCUAACUUGUACAAAAGCUGCCACCAUUAUCAAUUCCAGAAGCAUGGACUUUCCAUCCACCCAGUUUGUGCCUUCAAGAAUGAUGGGUACCUAUGAGCCUAUCCACCAGAUUGGCAUGUGGGGGGAAAAUUUCAAGAGUAUUGGCAAUCCCAGUAUAUCUGCAUCAGUGAUUGUUGAAGUGGAUAAUAAGCUAGAAAACGAGUCUGAGACUGCUUCACAUGAAAUGCCAGCACCUUCUUGCAAGCAUGACCAAGAAGCAAGCAAACCUUUUGAUAAGAUACAAAGACGUCUUGCACAAAAUCGUGAGGCUGCUCGUAAAAGCCGUUUGCGGAAAAAGGCAUAUGUUCAACAGUUGGAAAGUAGUCGUUUAAAGUUGAUUCAAUUGGAGAAAGAGCUUGAACAAGCAAGAGAACAGCAGGGUCUUUAUAUUGGUGGAGGGUUAGAAGCUGGUCAUCUUGGAUUUUCCGGAGUAGUAAACCCAGGUGAUGAUCAUAUUGAACAGAAGUUAAAGAAAGGAUUGGCUGAACAAUUUGAGAUAAAAGACCUAGGAGCACUCAAAUAUUUCCUUGGGAUGGAGUUCUCUCGAUCUAAAGAAGGGAUUGCUGCGUUUGAGAUGGAGUACAAACAUUGGAUGCAAGUACAAAACAGACAAUUAGGUGAACUGAGAACUGCUUUGAAUGCCCAGAUAAGUGAUAUUGAGCUUCGCAUAGUUGUAGAAAAUGGCAUGAGCCACUAUUUUGAACUUUUCCGCAUGAAAUCAACCGUUGCCAAGGCAGAUGUUUUCUAUGUGAUGUCUGGUACGUGGAAAACAUCAGCAGAGAGAUUUUUCUCAUGGAUUGGUGGAUUUCGGCCUUCAGAACUUCUUAAGGUGCUCGUGGCUCAGCUAGACCCCUUGACAGACCAGCAAAUUUUUGAAGUUUGUAACCUGAAACAAUCAUGUCAGCAAGCUGAAGAUGCCCUUUCGCAAGGCAUGGAGAAACUCCAGGAGACUGUAUCUGCGACUUUAGCAGCUGGUCAACUGGGCCAAGGUACAUACUUUCCUCAGGUGGCUAUGGCAAUGGAGAAGUUAGAAGCUCUAGUCUGCUUUGUGAACCAGGCUGACCACCUACGGCAAGAAACUCUACAACAGAUGUCUCACAUCCUAACAACUCGACAGGCAGCUAGAGGCUUGCUUGCUUUGGGAGAAUACAUCCAACGUCUUCAAGAUUUGAGUACACUAUGGGCUACCCAUCCUCGUGAACCUGCCUAGCCUUACAGUAGAAGAUAUUGGAUGAUCACUGCAAGAACUGUUCGUCCUGCAAACAGACAUGCCUUUUGGUAAAUGCCAUUAUAAAGAUAAGUAGCAUCGAUUUAUGCAGUCCACAUUUUUUUGAAGCAGCUUAUCAGAAAACUGAGGUCUGAGAUGUUGAACAUAUGAAUAGUUAAUUUUACUUGGGGAAGGUUGAGAUCAAAUCGAUUUUCAAUGCUUUAUUGUACAUUAUGUAUAAUCUUAAAAGUGUGUAUAUACAUAGGUUCUACAUUUGAGUCAUAUAUAGCAGUUGAAACUUCUAUGCAAAAUUUAUUGUUCUUUCUGUAUCAUGGACAUGGCCAAUGCUAAUUGUCAAAAGUUGCACAUGCAUUGGAUCAUUCAUUGGAUGUUAAUAAAGUUUCACUUAAUAUUAAUUCAA